UUUAUUAUCAUAGAGCUUAUCAUGGAACAUGGUCACAUGGUAUGAACCUAAUCAUAUAUAGGAGGAUCUCAUCCACCAGGUACAUCAAGGAUCGCCCAACAACAGCAAACACAGUACACUCAAAGACGAACAAUGCAGAAUGAGUGACAUCAUAAAAAAUUCCGUGAUGGAUCAUCUACUGAAACUUCAAUGCCAUUUUACUUGGAACCUGCUUGGAGAAGAUGUAGACAUUGAUAGUGUGGAAGAAAGGCUAAAUGACCAGCUUGUGUAUUUGCCAGAUGCAACCAAACACAGGAUGUAUAACUUCCUAGCUUACCUAAAGCAUCUCAAAGGAGACCAUGAGGAAGCCAUGAUCCAGCUCCAAAAAGCUGAGGCACAUAUACAAGAGUCCAGCAUAACAGAAGAUUCAGAUGUUAGGAGAACUGUUAUGUAUGGUAACUUUGCCUGGGUUUUCUACCACCAGAACCAGUUUAUCAAGAGCUCCACCUAUGCAGAAAAGGUGGACACCAUUUUAAAGCAAUAUGAGUCUCCACCAGAGAAAAACACUCUUCUGUUAGAUAGAUAUGGAGAACAAGGCUGGGCUUACUUAUCCUUUACAGGAAAAUACUAUCAAUGCGCGCUUGAGUGCUUUGAACAAGCUCUAAAACUUGACCCAGAAGAUCCAGAAAUGAAUUCAGGCCAUGCCAUGGCUGUGUAUAGAAUGGAAGGUUUCAGCUAUAGCAGGAACACAGAAAACAGAUCUUUUCCACUCUUGGAACGGGCUGUUAACUUAAAUCCCAGAGAUACAGUGUUGAAGGUUCUCCUUGCAGUGAAAUGUCAACAUAUGAAGAAGUAUGAUCAAGGAGCUAUGUUAAUAGAACAAGCUCUACAAGAACAACCAGAAUCUCCUUAUGUUCUUCGAAAUGUGGCAAUAUUUUACAGAAAAGAUAAAAAGAUAAAUGAAGCUAUUGCAAUGUUGAAGAAAGCAGUCAGUUUAACUCCUAACUCCAUCACUGUUCAUUAUCAACUUGCUAAGUGUUACAAAGAUUUGAUAAGAAUGCCCACUGAUUACAAUAAGCAGCAAAACGCUGAAGCCAUUGCAAAUGCAAUAUUUCACUCGGAAAAGGCUGUUGAGCUAAACAGGUCAUCUGUGGGACCUCACAUUUUAUUGGCUCAGGUAUACAUGAAAGCUAAUGAACACCAAAAGGCAAAAGAAGAAUUUUACAAAACUCUGAACAUGAAUGAUAUUGACUCUCAACAGAAACAAGAGCUCCAUUUCUACUGGGCACUACAUUUAAAACAUUUGAGAGGAUCUGAGUCUGAAGCAGUAAGGCAUUUUAAGGAAGUGAUAGAGAUACAAAAUCCAACAUGGUUUAGAAAAACCGCCAUAAAAGAACUGAAAAAACUUGAGGAAACCAUGAGGCUGGGUUCACACCAUUAACCCCCCUGGCGGUAUUCCCGAGUCUGACUCGGGGUUAGAUUUUUGUGCUAG